UGAUAUGUUUUUGUAAAUUUGCAUCUUGAAUGGCUAUGUUGUAGAAAAACUUCUCGAUUCUUACGUUUCGGUAUUCCAUCUUUAGAAACACUUCUGAAACUGUGAAAAUUUAUAUUUAUUACCUAUUUGUUUAAAAAAUGUUGUUUUGUUGCUCCCCGUUUUAGCACUUCUCCAUUUCAAUAUCUCUGUUUGCAUGCAACAUAUAGUUGAACAGUAUGAUUCUAGGCUAGAGUAGCAUUAUGUUCCUCAAAGCUGUUUUGCAGUUGAUUCUCAAUAGUCCAACGGAUAUGCUGAUUUAUCAGAUAAUAUAAACUGACGCUGUACUGCCUUAGCCGAACCUUGAAGAAUACCGAUUCUGCAACCGUUUAGGACCGUAAAUGCAUGAUGUCACUUCUACAGCUUUUGUCCAAAACAGGUGAGUUAAAUACAAUUCUGCAUUGACUUGGUAAUUUUCUAGAUAUUUUCCAUCCUUUUUUAUUUCCAGACUUUUGUAGUAUGAAAUGUAGACAAAAUAGCAGAGAAGGAGCAUCCUUUCUUAUAGUCUUAUAAAAACCGUAGUCAACAAUCUUCUGCUGUCCACAGUCAAUAUAAAAAUAUUCUCAUUUAUGUUAUUCUAAUAUUGAAGCAUGCAUUACGUUCGAUUCUUCAACAUAAUGAACAUUCAAACAUUGAACUGUUAACAUGUGGAUGGAAAAAAAUAUGUUAGAAUGUGGAAAUUUAGUUUCCGAAAAAUCAAAAACGUAUUUGAGGGAAAACAAAUUUUCUUCCCUUUGAAAAUCUUGCAAAGAUUAUGUACCACCCAAGAAACUUACCCUCUAUUAUAUCAGUGUUUAAAGAACCAGCCGGUUCAACCGAUUUAGGUUCUAUCAGUCCAGUUCAGUUCUUCCCCAAAAUUUGGAUUUUUAGUUCAACCUCUUUGAACUGGGAAAAAUUACAAAAAUUGAAAAAUUCAUUGAAAUAAUUGAACUGCAACAACUAUCUGGUUCUGUAUUUGUUAGUUAAAUUUUUACUAUUUUCUCAAUCUAUUUGCUUGUUAAAAUUCUAUAUAUAUGUUUAAAUUUUAAAAAUGUUAACCUACUCUAGAAAUAUAUGCACAUAUGAUAUAUAGUUUAUAAAUAUAUUCUCUUUUAUUUAAUUGGUUAAGGCGGCGGUCAAACCGGUUGAACUGCUAACCAAUGGCCACAUCGGUCCAGCCGCAGUUCAAUUUUUAAAAUACUGCUCUAUAUAUUUGUGGAACUACCCCUUCUCUAAAUACUCUCACAACUAGAACAAACUCAAUUCACUUCUUGCUUGCAUUAACCAUGGCACUAGAUAGCAAGAUUAUGCUUCUCUUUGCACUUAUGGUAUUUUCCUCGAGCUAUACCGAGGCAUUGAAAUCCAAGAUCACCAACAUACAGUUUUACAUGCAUGAUAUUGUUGGUGGACCGAAUCCAACUGCUGUCCGGGUCGCAGGACGGACCAACUUCACGAGCCCAGACCCAAUUGCAGCUUCGUUCGGAUCCAUUUUUGUGAUAGACAAUCCGCUCACGGUCUCACCAGAACCCAAUUCUACCGUCGUAGGGCGUGCACAAGGGAUAUAUGCUAUGUCUUCACAAAAAGAUGAGUUUAGUCUUCUCAUGACACUAACGUAUGUGUUCAUUACCGGCCGUUACAAUGGUAGCACAUUUAGCGUAGUUGGCCGGAAUCCAGUAAUGAGUGAGGUGAGAGAAAUGCCAGUCAUUGGUGGCACGGGAAUAUUCCGGUUAGCUCAGGGAUAUUGCUUUGCAAAGACGCAUUCAAUGGAUCAAAUGGAUGCAAUUAUUGGAUACAACGUGACUUUAUUACAUUAUUAAGUUAGAAUCAUUUUCAAUCAUAUAUAUACUAUUCAAUUUUUCAUUUUCGAGUUUUUCAUAUGUAGAAUUAUGGUAUUCAAAUUCCGACUAAUUCCGAGUUAUAGUCGAGAUGUCGUAUAAUAAUAAAGCAUUUGAUUUUUCAUUUUA